AUGACCAAAUACGACCGCGCCCUCGCAGCCAUCGACUCAGCCCACAAAGACGACCCAAACACCAAAACAAUCAACAGCCAAACCCUCCCCUACGAGCUCCACUACGCCCAAAAAAUGACCUACUACCUCAGCCGCCUAAACCCCGCCGCCUCCGACCUCCUCCGCCUCGCCAUCCGCGCCCAGCACCUCCGCCGCUGGGAAACACCGCGCGCCUCGUACCCCGCCACCAAGCUCGGCUACCACUCGUGGCGCACAGCGCUGCAGCGCACGCAGGCGGCGCUGGCGGAGAAAAUCUGCCUGGAGGCUGGGUACGAGGAUGCGGAGGCGGCGCGGGUCGGGGCGCUUGUGCGCAAGGCGGAUCUGAAGAAGGGGGAGGACGCGGAUGUGCAGACGCUGGAGGACGUGGCUUGUCUUGUGUUUUUGGAUGAUCAGUUUGAUGCGUUUGAGGCUGGCUUGGGGGAUGAGGAGAAGAUUGUGGAUAUUCUUAGGAAGACGUGGGGGAAGAUGAGUGAGGCGGGGCAUGCGGAGGCGUUGAGGUUGGAGUUGUCGGAGAGGGGGGCUGCGCUUGUGCAGAGGGCUCUGGCGGGGUGA